UAAAUAUUUAUACAGAGGGGGAACGACAUCACUUAUUCACAACACAUUCAUUCACUUAAGGCAGAGCUACUUGCAAAGUUAACUCAGAGUGAUCAGCUCUGUUUGCCAAAGGACCAUCACCUCUUCUUCUAGGUGUUUGCUGAGACAACUUUUUGGGAAGAAGUUUUUAAGCUAACUCAGAAUACACAAUGAGCGUUUUGAUUUCUGUUUUGGGGGUGAUUCUCACUUUCUGUCAGGUUGGGAGGAAUCCUGUUAGUGCUGGGAUGUGCUGGCUGCAGCAGAGUCAAGAUCAAAGGUGCAACAUGGUGCUGAUGAGAGGGGUGACCAGGGAGGAGUGCUGUGCCGGGGGACGCCUGGACACAGCGUGGUCCAACACCAGCCUGCCCAUGAAUGAAGUCAGCCUGCUGGGCUUCCUGGGUAUUGUCUCCUGUAAACCAUGCAAAGAGACAUGUGAAGGAGUCAAAUGUGGUCCUGGGAAGGUUUGCAAGAUGAAGACAGGAAGGCCUCAGUGUGUCUGCUCUCCAGACUGCUCUCACAUUACCCGGAGGCAUCCUGUGUGUGGCAGUGAUGGGAAGACAUAUAAGGAUGAGUGUUCUCUGCUUAUGGCGCGCUGUAUGGGACACCCGGACCUUGAGGUCAUGUACCACGGAGAGUGCAGAAAGUCGUGCUCUAAUGUUGUGUGUCCAGGAACUCACACCUGUGUGACCGACCAGACCAACAGCGCUCACUGUGUCAUGUGCCGCACUGCACCUUGCCCAAUACCCAUGCUGUCUGAGCACCCUAUCUGUGGUAAUGACAACGUCACUUACCCAAGCGCCUGCCACCUCCGCCGGGCUACCUGCUUCCUCGGCCGCUCCAUAGGAGUCCGCCACUAUGGCCACUGCAACAGUCCACCUCGGAAAUUUCACAUCUUGGAUGGCAGUGAGGAAAACGCAGUCUAGAUGGUCGAUUCCUCACACAGCCCCUUUUUGCUCCACUAGCUUCCCAUAAGGAACUUUUUUUUGACAAUCACUACCCCCUCCCCCCUUUCUACAUAUUAAUGGUAGAUGUGAUAUGAGACACCUCUGUUGGAAGAGGGGUGUUUAAUAACACACACAUGCCUCUAAAAAGCUAUUUUUGUUAACUAUGUUUCAGUUUGGAAAAUGGAGGCAGAUGAAUGCAUUUGUCAUGAGACAGAUAUAUCUCAUGAGCUCUUUGGGAGAUGUGUGCAUAUUGUAAAUAGAAUACCAGUACUAUUUAUUGGAGAAGGUAUUAAAACUCUAUUUAUGUUUUUUAGCCUGGUAAAAAAAAAAACAUGAAAGUAAAAGAAAAAACAAAAAUCGUAUAUCCUUAGAAAGCUCUUUGUGGCGGGGCGUGGCCUGCAGUGCUGUGCAGGGAAGGCGGACACACCUGCAUGGCACCGCAGGCCACGCCCUACCACACUCAUGCAAAAAAAAAUGUAUUUAUUGUUUGUUUGUUUUUUUAAUGUACAUAUAUAUAUAUAUAUACAGUCACUGGGGUUGGCAUUUUACAAAUAUUUUACAGUUUUAAAGGCUCCAUUCCCCACAAACAAACAUUUUCCCUCAAGCUAAUGGAAAGCAAAGCUAAUUUGUUUCAAAAGCUGAUGCUAUUUUGUAGUCUGUUGAUGUGGUUUCAAUUCACCACAAACAACAACGUGACAACUACAGUUCAGCUGCAUGUACUUCAUUUAGGGUGGCGAGGACGGGGUUCAGUCUAAACAAAUCUGUAUAGUCUCUGUUCCCCCCCACACAUGUUUACUCUGAAUCCCAGGCCAAACUCUUGGCCACCCGCUGAUCACCGAAAUUAACAGUUUUGUUGUGUUUCUGGGAGCCCUCGAGCCCUAGAGAGCCCUCUACAAUACCUCCUCUGUUGAAUUCUUUUUUUUGUUUUGUAAAAUAUUUUUUGUACGUCAUGCAAGUUAGUUCUGAUGCUGUUUUGCUGCUUUGAUUUGUUUGGAAUUUUUUUUUGUUUAAAUAACUUACAGGACAGACAAAUGUAAUUAGCAGCGCCUGACUUAAAGGAAAAUUAAAUUUGUCUGGGAAUGAAGUACAAUUUGGUCCAAUUGAAAAUACCUGAUUAUACUGCCAUCAGAGUCAAUCUGCCGUAACACUGCACACAUCUACACAAGUAAAAGUAGUCAAGUGAUCCAAUUCAACAUAUUAAACUCAAAGCAGAUCCCUGGAUACUUUAAACAGCCUUGAUAGUGUACUUUGAAACAUGUUAACUUUCCUUCUGUAAAUAACAGUCUCAAGUGUACCACCUACCUGUGUACCUACUGUGAACUUUGAAUGACAAAUGCAUCAACAUAUUUUUGUAUUUUUGUACUGCCGUUGUAAAACAACUUAAAGUUUCAUGUGUCACAGUGCGUAUUCUUUCUUUUGAAAUCAAAAUAAUUGUUUUUUUUUCCAGCUGCCUUGUUAUACCUUGUUAUUGCCUCAAUUGUAAUUUAAUAACAAUACUUUCCGCAUGUGAAACAGCAUCUGACAUGUAUUUGAUGAUAUAUAAAUUUUUCUUAACUGUG